AUGUCUACACCCGAACAACAAUACGCAAGCCUAGUUAAGGGCCAGAACCUCUCUACUGAUGACGUCCUCGCUGCUUUUGAUAAGUUGAAGCCGGUCAAACCUGAGCAGUUCGUUGGUAGCUGGAAAGGGGCGAAUGUGAAUACAAAUCACCCGACUGAGGAAAAGCUUACUGGCAUGGGCUGGGCUGGAAAAGAUUUCAGAUCCACGGAGGAUGUUGAUCCGAUCAUGGUGACUGAUGAGAGUGGGAAGCGGGUUUGGAAUGAGUCUUGGGGUCAUGCCCGCCUUCGCCAGAUUGAGUGGCGCGGUGUGCUUUCUACUGCGAUGGUUUAUGAUGAUUUUCCGAUUAUCGAUUACUUCCGCUACGUGAAUGAUGACUUGCUUGCUGGUGCGAUGGAUGCUAAGACUUCUGAUGCGGGGACUUAUUAUUUCUACUUAUACAGGGAGUAA